AUGGCAACUGCCCAUGGAGUAGCAUUCCGAAUAUGUGACCUUUUGAAACCUCUUGAUGACGAACAGAUGGUUGAACAUUAUCGAAAUCAAAUGCUAGAAGACCAGGAUAAAUGGUAUGCAAUGACCCUGUCUGCAAGAAAGAAACAUGAAGAAAAGAAGCAUACUGGUCCUGAACUUGGAGAUAAAGGUUUUAUCUCAGACGAAGGUCCAUAUUCUGCAAGAGUGUACGAGCCAGCACCACAGCGAAGAAACUACAGGUUCCGUAAGGGACGUGAUAUAUCGUCAUCGUUGCCUGACCGCCUUAGAUUGUAUCCUCCGCUGAUGGUUUGCGUUCGAGUCGAUGGACGCGGAACUAAAGCAUGGAAUUCGGAGCUUGGAGUAAUACCCGUCGAAGAACCCUUUAUUCGACAAACUGGAGAGGUUCUAAAGAAAGGAGAUUGGUUUUAUGGAAGCUUACGUUUGCGUGAGGUUGACUCGAGACAAUUUCAUCAUGUGAAAAAAGUUGACCGCCCAGCCGAUCCACCUUUUUAUACUUAUUGUUUAAACAACUCAAUUGAGAUCGAGAUAAAGUGUAAUGGCACUUUGGUUGGAAGCCUACCGAAUCGUAAUGUAAUAAUGAAGAAUCCGCAGGUGGGAAAAAUCGAAAUCACCGAGAAAGAUUACAACCGCAUUGCUUCGCAGAGCAUGGUUUGUGUGUUACGUUUCAACGAAUUUAAUUCAAAUGUUCCGUGGACUUUUGUGAAGUUCAUUCGUACGGUGACGCGUGAUGGAGAACGUUCCGCUAUCUAA